AUGAGCGUUAAGGAAAGCCAAGUAGAAAAGACAAGAGGGAGUGAGGUUAGUGAUACUGAGUCACAAUCAGAUUCAUAUAAUGGAGAAUAUAGUCAUGAUGAUGAGUCAUAUAGUGAUAGUUAUUCAGAUUCCAAAAGUGUAGAUAGUCAAAAAAGUGAAGAAAGUAGAACUGAUGAUGAUACUGAUGAUGACGAUACGAGAGAAAUGCUUGAAAAUAUUAUUAAGGAAUAUUCCGAAUUAAAAAGAACAACUAUUGCACAAAAGGAAGAGUUAGAAAGAAAGAUUAGAGAAUUGACACAUAAAUUGAAUGAAGCAACACAAUUAAAUGAGACUCGAAAAGAACAAAUAUUACAAUCUGCUAAUAGUAUGAAAAAAAUACUUGCUGAAAUGACUAAAAUGAAAAAUGAACGUGAAGAUCUUGUUACUCAAAUUGAAGAUGAAAGAAAAAAUCAUGCAGAAACUAUUAAACAAUUACAUACAUUACAAGGACAAAUGAUUAAUGGAGGGGUUGGACCAUCAGAAUUAGAAAUGACGUUUAGGGUAUUAUUAGAUGGAACAAAAAUUACAGAUGCUAUACUUAUAAAAAAUGUAGAUACAGAGAAAGAUGAUUUACGAAUGCAACAGUCAUUAUUAGAAAAGAAAGUUAUGAGUUUAAAUCAAGAUAUUGUAUUACUUAAACAAGAAAGAGAUUCAACAAAAGAACAAAUUAAACAAAGUGAGAAAUUAAAAGAUAAUUAUGAUGAUUUAAAUAAGAGAUAUGAAGAAUUAAAUGAUAAUUAUAAAAAAAUUAAAAAAGAAAAUGAAACAUUAAAAAAAAGAGGAAGUGGAUUAUCAGGAUUAUCAUUUAAAUCAGAAAGUAAUGAAAGUUCAGUAUUAAAAUCAUGUUGUGAAUCAUUAUUUACUACAAUUCAAUCAUUAUCUAAUAUUAAUGAAUUAAAUAAUAGUAUUAAUGAAGUUGAAGAAUUAAUGAAAGAUCAUUUUUAUCAUAGACUAAUGUUUUUACAUAUUCAAAAUAAAUGUAUUUCAAUUUUAAAUCCAACAUUUAUUCAAUAUGGAUAUACAACAAAUGUAGCAAUAGAACAACUUUAUCUUUCUACUCAAAGUCAUUCUUCAUUUCAAGAAAAAUUACCAGAAAAUUUAAAGAAUUAUGAUAUGAUACUUAGAGAAAUUUAUUUAUUUAAUGAUAAGUUUAAGAAAAAAGAUGUAUCUCCAAUAAAAUUAGGAGAUGAUGGUAUUAUUUCAUCAUCAAGAACAACUAUAUCACGUAAAAUAAGAAGAGGAAGUGAAUUUACAGGAAUUUAUUCACCAUUAAUGUUAAAUGUUGGAUCAACAAAAAGUUCACCAUUUGGUUCUAGUACUGAACCACCAAGAGAUAAAGAUACAAUAUCAAGUACUGGAGAAGCAGCAAGAGAUGUUGAUGAAUUAAUUGCUAAAGUUAAUCAAAGUGAAAAAGAAGAUAUAACAUCACCAAAAGAUGAUAUGAAUAUAAUAUCACAUGUUUGGGAAGUUAAUGGAACUAUUUGGGCAUGUAAAAAAGUAGAAGGAAAUAAAAGUAUGAUAUCUACAUUUAAUAGUAUGGAUUGUAUGGAAAUAACAAGUAUAACAUUACCAUGGAGAAUAUCUGCAGUUCAUUCAAUAAAUAAAAAAGUAAUUUGUGGAAGUGAAAAUGGAACAAUAAAUAUUUAUGAUGGAGAUAUAAGAAAUGAAGUUAAAUGUGAUCUUUCAUUAGCUUCAAGAAUUGUUGAAAUUGGAUCAGAAAAAGGUAUUGUUUGGAUUCUUUCAGAACAAGGGGAUUUUGCUCUUAUUGAAUUUAGUAAGAAAAUGAAAUAUAAAUGGUAUAAAUUAAAAAUUCCAUCAUUUACUACAAGUGCAUGUGUAUUAAAGAAAAUGUUACAUGUUGGUACUAUUGGUGGUGUUUUUAGAACAGAAUUUCCACCAACACCAAAAAGUAAAUUUAUAAUGAUAAAAGAAAUUGGAAAAGUGCCUGUAUCAAAUAUUUUAGCAUUACAUAAUUCUCUUUAUAUUGCAUUAAAUACAAAAGAUUGUAUUACUGUUCUUCAAAAAGGAAAACAACCAAUUACAUUUGAAGUAAAUAAACCAAAUACACUUACUCCAUUUAUUAAUGAUGUUUGGGUAUGUUGUGGAGAUGGAUCAAUUAAAGCUAUUAAUAAUACUGAAUUAAAAAUAGAUAAUGUUGCUACAAUUGGUAAUAGUGAAUUAGUUGGUGGAUGUAUUCUUAAUAUUGAAAAUCCAGAAAAACAUCUUUCAAAUUAUACAUUAUUCUUUGGAUGUGGUGGUGAAAUUCAAUCAUUAGUUACAGGAUAUUAUCGACAUUCAUAUCUUGUUAAUAAUAAAGAAGGUGUUUGUGCUAAAUGUAAAGGAAAAGUACAUUUAAGACAAGGAUUAUUAUGUGAAUAUUGUAAUACAAUUCUUCAUAAUAAUUGUGUUAGCUUAAAUUGGCUUGACAAAAUUUGUUCAAGAGACCCUGAAAAACAAAUUAAACAUAAAGAAAGUAAGACACCUAAAUCAUCAAUAUUAAAUAGCUCACCAACACCAAGACGGUCGAGUUCUGUCUCAGUUAAGUAUGUAGCACCACAACAAACAAAAGGUGGAGAAAGUGGAAGUGAUUCACGAGAAAGUAUACAUUAA